AUGGCAUCACCGAACUCUGUAAAGAUAAUUGAUAUCUGCGAAGUGGCUGCCGCUUAUGACUCUACCAAGUCAACAACCGAAACGAUACUCUCUCCUACUUUUUUUGAACUGUCAGGUCUCAGAUUUCCUCCAUCUGAGUGCCUCUGCUUCUUCAAACUUACUGAUUCAAACCCUACCUUCUUUCACUCUGUAAUUUUCCCCAUUCUCAAACAAUCACUUUCCCAUGCACUCCUCCACUUCCUUCCUAUCGUCGGCAGCCUAACAUGGCCCCCUGAAUCCUCCAGACCCUUCUUUGUUUACCAUCUUAAUAACGAUUCCGUUUCAGUUACACUUGCCGAGUGUAAUGGUGAUUUCGAUCGCCUUAUAGGCAAUGGAAUCCAUGAAGCUGUUGAAUCACAUCCUUAUGCUCCGCAUUUCGUCGCAACUGAAACUAGGUCACCAUUAUUGGCUUUACAAGUAACAUUAUUUCCCAACAAAGGCUUUUGCAUUGGUAUGGAAACGCACCAUGCAAUAUUUGACGGGAAAAGCGCAUCUAUGUUCCUCAGAGCCUGGGCUUAUACAUGCAAAUAUAUUGUCGAAAAAGGUGAAGCCCCACGUUUAUUGCCAGAAGAAAUCACCCCAAGUUUUGAAUGGAAAAGUAUCCAAGAUUCAAAAGGGUUGGAGGAGGCGUACAUUAACUUGUGGGCGACCAUAGGGAAACGGUUAGAAUCAGGUUCAGACUCGAACCCAAGAAGUGUUGAGCCGUUGCCGAAACUUGAAGUGCAGCCUAACUUGCUACGAGCAAACUUUCAUUUAUCUAGUGAAGUCAUUAAGAAGCUUAGAGAAAGUGUGUUGCGUUAUCACCCGGAAGCAACAGACCCUACCAAACGACAAAAUCUCUCCACUUAUGUUCUGGCAUGCUCUUAUGUAUCGAUCUGUCUUGUCAAAGCAAGAGGAGGAGAUGCCGACAGAGAGGUUUAUUUUGCGUGGUCAGCGGAUUGUAGAAGUCGUUUAGACCCUCCUCUUCCACCAAAUCAUUUUGGUAAUACUGCUGUGGUUCAUCACAUAGUUUCUAAAGCCGGAGAUUUUAUGCAGGAAAAUGGAUUAGCUAUUAUAGCCGAGAAGCUUAGCGCUUCUAUAAAGCGAUUGGAGAAGGGACUCAUUGAAGGUUCAAAUGAGAGGCUUGAGAUGUUGUUAAGUUUGGGACCAGAAGUGCAACUAAUUAGUGUUGCUGGAUCGACCGGAUUGGAAUUUUACAACACGGAUUUUGGAUGGGGGAAUGUCGAGAAGGUGGAGCUCACAUCCAUAGAUAGAACUGGAUCGUUUUCAGUGUUGGAUAUUAGAAAUGGAAGUGACCGAAGGACUGAAAUUGGCGUUGCUUUGAAGAGGCCUGAAAUGGAAUCAUUUGCUUCUUUUUUCUCUAAUGGCCUAGAAGUUAUAUUCUGA